CAGCGAAAAGGAGUAAAUCCUAUUGCAGGGGUUGAUGCAGUGUUGCAGAUGAAUCAGUCUGAACCAAAUGUAGUACAGGAUUUGACCAAGCAACAAGUUCAUCAAGGUGAGGAAUUGCGGUCGGUCGCAGACGUUGGUGUAGUGAUUCAGAAGGAUCAAAACACAACUGCUCAGGAACAGAAUUUAUUUCAAGCACAUGGAGAGCAUGAGUUGCAAGAUUUGGAUAAUUUAAAUGCCACCAAAACAGUCUCUAACGAGAUUUCAUCACCAUCAGAUUUGAUGCAGAAUAUUUCUCAAGUCCAAACUUCUUAUGGAAUGCAAGAUAAGAUUAAUCAUUCGAAGGUAAUCAGCCCAACUGUUAAUGAGAUUUGCUCUAUGUCAGAGGUACAAAUUUGUAAUGAAAAGCACAGUUCACCACUUCUCUGUCAACUAAAUAGGCAGUCAUCUACUUCUCUGUUGGACUCUUCCUUUUUAAUUGACCGUAAUUAUGAGAAAAGAAAUGCAGAUGGAUUAUCUAUGGAUGAUGAGAGGGGUUUGCUGAGAAAUCCAGAUCCUCCAGAUAGGGGUUUUGAUUCAGAAAAUGAUAUACCCAAUAGUGCAGAUAGCCUUGAGAUUUUUUCUCCCAGUUCCCAAGUUGAAUUUCGUUCAGACGGUAUUCAUUCAGAGGAUGCAAAUCCUCCUGGUGUGGUUACUAGAUCUAAAUCUAGGGGUUUGGCCUUCACUUCAUCUUCUCAAUGA